UAUUGACGACCAGCCAUGACCUCCCAGAUUGGUCAGAAUUACUCCAACGAGGUGGAGGCUGCCAUCAACUGCCUGGUCAACUUGCAUCUGCGGGCCUCCUACACUUACCUCUCUCGGGGCUACUAUUUCAAUUGCAACAAUGUUGCUCUGGAGGGCGUGGGCCAUUUCUUCCGCGAGUUGGCAGAGGAGAAGCGUGAGGGCGCCCAGCUCCUCCUGAAGAUGCAGAACCAGCGCUGCGGCCCUGCGCUGUUCCAGGAUGUGCAGAAACCUUCUCAGGAUGAGUGGGGUAAAACCGUGGAAGCCAUGGAAGCUGCCCUGGCCCUGAAGAAGAACCUGAACCAAGCCAUUUUGGAUCUUCAUGCCUUGGGUUCUGCUCCCUCAAACCACUUCCUGGAUGAAGAGGUGAAGCUCAUCAAGAAGAUGGGUGACCACUUAACCAACCUUCGCAGCCUGGGGGCGGCCCCUCACGCACAGCUGGGCAAGUAUCUUUUCGAUCGCCUCACUCUCAAACAUGACCAGAAAACUCGAGAGUCCAGCAGCCUUUGA